AUGUCUGCCCUGCCUCCCGCGAAGCGGCUUGCCGCCUGUGCUGGGUCACUGCCGUCUUCGUCUUCACUUCCCACAGAUGCGUCCUCUGCCUCGCUGGCUCCUACCCCCGUAGGGGGGACUCCGACCACUUCUUUUUGUCCCGCGACAGCUUCAGUCUCGUUCUCCUCUUCCUCGUCCGUCUCGGCUGGUGCCUAUGCGGGGCCGGUUGUCUCGUUUCACCAGCCGUCGCGGACCGCGCCCGUCCUUCUCCCAGGGAAAUCGUCCUCCUCCGCUUCCUCUGCUGCCUCUGCCUCUCUGCCCGCCACCCCCCCCCGCGGCCUGCCCUUUGCGCCCUCCGCCGCGCCCUCCCACGCGCCGCGCUUCACAGUCUACGCCUCGACUCGCCAGGCCAAAACCUGCCCGUACUGUGGACCAUCGCGGAACGGAGCGCAGACGAUCGUUUUCGAUUCAAGCAGCGGCGACCAGCUGUGCAGAGAAUGCGGCUUGAUCGUCGAGGAGAAGGUGCUGAGCGAAGAACAAGAGUGGCGCAACUUCUCUGCUGAAGCGGCAAGCAGCAGCCGAGGAGGCGCGGACCGGAACCGCGUCGGCGACGCCCUCGACUCGUGGCUGGAAGAUGGCGGCAUCGGCACCACGAUGCUCGUCGCCUCCGGCGGCGGCCCUCUGGCUGGGAAGGCGGCCUCGAGUGCGAAGCGGCUCCAGCAGCUCCACGAGGCCACGACUGCCGGCCUCGGCUCCGGUGCCGGCAGCGGAGACAGGCAGCUCAAGGUGGCCUUCAACUACAUCCGGCUCAUUGGAGAAGCCUUCGCUCUUCGAGACAAUGUCCUCGAACGAGCGAAAGAAAUCACCAAAGAUCUAAUGCAAGACGGCGUUCAACUUCGGACGCGGAGCAACGCGACGACGAUGCUUGCCAUCAUCUAUUUGGCGUGCCGAGAAGCGGGGAUCACGCGAACGGUGAAGGAGCUGGUUGUGUAUGACCGGGCCAUUUCGGAGAAAGAGCUUGGCAAAGCCAUCAACCGCAUCAAGAAGCUCUUGCCGCAGAGGGGAGGCGUCAGCAGUGCAGAAUCGGCGACGCAGUUGCUGCCGCGCUACUGCUCUCGACUUCAACUCAGCAUGCAUGUGGCAGACGUGGCGGAACACGUCGCCAAAAGAGCGACUCAAGUCAUCAUUUCCUCUCACAGACCAAACUCCGUUGCCGCUGCGGCCAUUUGGCUCGUUGUUCAACUUUUGAAUGCAAGCGCAAACCCGAAUUUGCCAAAGGCGUCGGAGAUCGCCAGCGUCACAGGCGCGGGCGAGCACACGCUGCGCUCCAUUUAUAAAGAUAUGCUGGAUGUCGCUGAGCACCUGCUUCCCCGGGAGUUCCAGCCUACUGUUGAGGGAGGGCUUGAUGGCCUCAGAUCUCGAAACUCGUCGAGAAAGAGGAAAGCGAACGAGAUCCCGUCCUGA